AUGAAGAGUAGCGCCUCGAACUUUUUGCGAGUCAGUAGUCAGGAUACCGAUAAAAGGGUCUCAUUCCUGAAAUCCGCUCAGAAUCAAAAUUCUCAAGAAAAAUUACCUGAUGUGAAGGAAUCAUUUGUGAAGAAAAGAAAAUCUCUGAGCCACUCUAUCAGUCAGUUGUCUUCAUGGCCUGCAUACGCACCAGGACACAUUAUCUUGCAGAAUCGAAAACCUUGCACUACCUCUGAAUGGCAAAGCAUCAACAAAGAGCAGCUUCCUCUUUCCAUACCAAAACCACGCUACCUCGAAGAUCUGGAAUCCCAUUUGAGGAGAGAGCUGCAAGCACUUGACCUUACUAAAGGGAAAGUUCAGGAACUUAGACUCCAGCCCUAUAGAGAAGUAUUUGAGUUCUUCAUGGAAGAAUUCAGAACCUACAAGCCUUUGUUAGCUUCUAUCAAGAAAGAGUAUGAACUUACUAUAGCAUAUCUGAAAGAGAAGAUCUACUCCCUGGAGUCAGUGAAUGCCAUUCUGGUCACAGCCUCUGAUCAAUGUACUCGGCAAAUCCUGGCCUUUCAGGAGCAAGAGAAAAUACAAAUUGCAAAGCUGAAAGAUGAGAGGAUCCACUUACUGAAGCUUAUUGACAAAAUGAAGGAGGAGAAAUAUUCUUUAGAAACCCAGGUGGCUAAGAUGCGGAAGGCGGUGGCAGAGGAAUACCUCCGUUACCUGAAUGAGUCUGAUGCCCGCAAGCUGCUACUUAUAGAUCUCAAUGAAAUGUACCGUCUGAAGGAGGAAAUGAAGUUUUCCCAAGUUGAAGAUGAAAAGGGGGAAGAUUCAGUGAAGCUGGUGCUCGCUUUAAAGGUAGCACGACACGACCUCACCAAAGCCCAAGUGGAGCUGAACACCAUGAAAGCAAACUAUGGAGAUGUGGUGCCCAGAAGAGAGUUUGAGCUGCAGGAAAAAAUAUGUAAUGAAUUGACUGAAAAGAUGACAACUCUUCAAAAAGACUUUGAUGAUCUCCAAGAAGAAUAUGACACAAUGCUGGACAUACACAAGCAAGUUUCUGAGGAACGGGACAAGUUCUAUAAUGACCUUAUCAAUGUCCAGCGGUCCUCCACACCGCGGCCUAGCUGGGGAAAAUGUGCAGAUGUGAUUGCUGAUGGGGCUGAGCGCUGGAGUGCUUUGUCAGAGGACAAAACUAGUGACCAGUUGGUAGACGUGCUUUUGGAAGAAAUUGGUGCGGGACUUCUAAGAGAGAGGGACACCUUCGUGGCACUGGGGAGAGGCGAGAAGGUUCCUGUGUACCUGAGGUGUGAUGGUGUGGUUAAGAAUAAGAAGCUGAGCAAAAAGGAGAUUGUGGCCAUUCUGAAGGAAAUAUGGAAAGAGAAAAUUGCAUCAGAUCUACAGAAAGGAAAACAAUCCAGCCUUCCAGAGUUCUUCCUGAACUUCUUCCAGAAAAAGUAUGGUGACGCUCCUGCUUUUGACUGGACUUACAGUGUUUAUGAAAACAUCAAGCUCUAUAAAUCGAAUGAAGCCAUGUCGUUAUUUCAUCAAAUCCUGACUGGAGAGCUGGAUGAAGCAGUAUACCACAGCCACUUCCAGGAACUUUCCAACCUCAUAAGGGAGCUGACGGCUGCUGAUACCGCAAAUACUGGCCAGCUGACAUGCAAUGAGUUCAUCCUUGCCCUGAGGGCAACUUUUCCACUAAAGACCGAUGAAUCGCUCCAGGAGUUAAUUGUAGCUGCAGGCUACAAACCGGAGUAUCCUGAAACCGCUCUUUCGUACAAGCUCUUAUUUGUAGAGGAUGAGGAAGGAAAAACAGAACCUUUUGUUAGGAAGCUCAAGAAGCAAUAUGCGAAUGAAAAAAAAGACUAUAUCCGUGAGAUACAGGCUCAAUUGGGAACCUUGAUGGAAGUGAGACCAGAUGACUUGCGGGCAGCUUUCUGCAUACUCGACCAUGGUUUGUCAGAGCGAACCCUGGAGUCUUACAUCUGUUAUGCAUACCAAGUUUCCAAAGAGCAACUGGACCCUGCGGUCUCCAUUCCCAUAGAAAUACUGAUGAAAAGGCUUAAGGCUGGAGAUAUCAGACGACAAGGAACUGUUAUAGGAGAUGCAAAGUAUCAGCUCCAAUCCCAUGCUUUAGAAGAAACAGAAGCUCUUGUCAAUAUUUAAAUUGGCCACACCCUAUUCCCACCCCUUCCAAGGGUAACUAGAGUAAUAAAUUUUACAGAAUAGUAA